CCCCCAACCCCAGCUUCUCCGUGCGUGAGGGGGCCCAUCCCCAUCCAGCCCGCCGCCGGCAUCCCCCGGCUGCAGCGACUCCAGCUCGCCGCGCUACCAGGACAAGUUUGGAUGCCUUUUGAGUUCAUCUCCUCCUUUCCAGAAGAUAAACUGUGAAAUUGAAUAAUGUGGAAAAUCCUUCCCCUCUCUUUUUGUAUGUGACUUUGAGAAAAGAUUGGUAUGGUCUUAACAGCACAAGAUCAUCUCUAGAAAUUAGCUGCAACUAUGAGUUCAGAGGAGAAGGGUGUAUCUCCUGCUCACAAAACAUCCACCCCAUCACAUAAAAGUGCCUCCUCUUCAUUGUCAUCUCAGAGGGACAGUAAGCAGAGUGCUCAUGUAUUAGAGCGAAAUGUUUCUUUUGGAAGUGCAGACCCAUCUGUAAGCAAACAGUUGCUCGAAACUGAGUCUGUCUCUCUGUCUAAGGAACCUGACAGCUGGGAAAUCAUAGAGGGGCUGAAAAUAGGCCAGACUAAUGUCCAGAAACCAGACAAACAUGAAGGUUUCAUGCUGAAGAAAAGAAAAUGGCCUUUAAAAGGCUGGCACAAGCGCUUUUUUGUCCUGGAUAAUGGAAUGUUGAAGUAUUCAAAGUCACCAGUUGAUAUUCAGAAAGGCAAGGUACAUGGAAGCAUUGAUGUUGGCUUAUCAGUUAUGUCAAUUAAAAAGAAAGCUCGUAGAAUAGACCUUGAUACAGAAGAGCAUAUCUACCACCUGAAAGUGAAGUCCCAGGAUUCAUUUGAUGCAUGGGUAUCAAAACUGCGCCACCACAGAUUGUACCGUCAGAAUGAGAUUGUAAGAUCACCAAGGGAUGCCAGCUUUCACAUAUUCCCGUCAGCCUCUACUACAGAGUCUUCACCAGCUGCUAAUGUUGCUGUGUUAGAUGGAAAGGUUCCACAAAAUAGCUUCCCAUGGCAACCCGCCAUACCAUGUAGUAAUAGCCUUCCUGCAACAUAUACUACUGGCCAAAGUAAAGUAGUAGCAUGGUUGCAGGAUUCUGAGGAGAUGGACAGAUGUGCAGAAGAUCUUGCACACUGCCAAUCAAACCUCGUGGAACUUAGUAAGCUUCUUCAAAAUUUAGAAAUUCUACAGAGGACUCAAUCGGCACCGAACUUCACAGACAUGCAGGCUAACUGUGUAGAUAUUUCAAAGAAAGACAAGCGGGUUACAAGACGAUGGAGAACAAAAAGUGUCAGCAAAGAUGCAAAAAUACAACUUCAGGAAGGGCCAGCGCUGAAGGGCCAGUUCAGCACAACACGACGCCGGCAGAGACUAGCAGCAGCUGUGGCUACAACAGUCCCUUUCAGUGCUACAAUGUCACCGGUUCGCCUGCACUCAUCCAACCCCAAUCUUUGUGUAGACAUCGAAUUUCAGACUCCCCCAAGCCAGGUAGCUGACCCCUUGGAAUGCUCCAUGGAGUACAUCAAACUUCAAGAAGAGUUUUGCCUCAUGGCACAGAAAGUUCAUUCUCUUUUGAAGUCUGCCUUUAACAGCAUAGCUAUUGAGAAGGAGAAGCUUAAGCAGAUGGUUUCAGAACAGGACAUUGCAGGCCACAAUUCACAAAUAACACGCCUCAGACAAUCACUUUCUCAGGCUCUCAACCAGAAUGCUGAACUAAGGAGUCGCUUGAAUAGAAUACAUUCUGAGUCUGUUAUUUGUGAUCAGGUUGUCAGUGUAAAUAUUAUCCCUAGUCCUGAUGAGACUGGUGAACAAAUCCAUGUUAAUCUCCCAUUGUCUCAGCAAGUUUCUAAUGAAAGCAGGCUCUCUAUGUCCGAAUCUGUCUCUGAAUUCUUUGAUGCACAGGAAGUGCUUUUGUCGGCAAGCUCAUCAGAAAAUGAGGCUUCUGAUGAUGAAUCCUAUAUCAGUGAUGUGAGUGAUAACAUAUCUGAGGACAACACCAGUGUCGCAGACAACGUUUUCCGACAAAUUCUUAAUGGUGAGCUAGCAGGAGGUGCAUUCAGGAAUGGACGUCGGACAUGUCUCCCAGCUCCCUGUCCUGAUACCAGUAAUAUCAAUCUGUGGAAUAUUUUGAGAAAUAAUAUUGGCAAAGAUCUCUCCAAAGUCUCCAUGCCAGUUGAGCUAAAUGAACCUCUUAAUACUUUACAACACCUUUGUGAAGAACUGGAAUACAGUGAACUCCUGGACAAAGCUGCUGAAACUGAUGAUCCAUACGAACGCAUGGUUCUCAUAGCUGCCUUUGCAGCUUCAGGGUAUGCCUCCACUUACUACAGAGCAGGAAGCAAGCCAUUCAAUCCAGUGCUUGGUGAGACUUAUGAAUGUAUUAGGGAAGACAAAGGAUUCCGAUUUUUCUCAGAGCAGGUUAGCCACCAUCCACCCAUUUCUGCCUGUCACUGUGAAUCAAAGAAUUUUGUGUUUUGGCAAGAUAUCAGAUGGAAAAAUAAGUUCUGGGGGAAAUCAAUGGAAAUCCUGCCAAUUGGAACACUGAAUGUGACUUUUCCAAAGUAUGGAGAUUACUACGUGUGGAACAAAGUCACCACCUGCAUACACAACAUCCUUAGUGGAAGGAGGUGGAUAGAGCAUUAUGGAGAAAUAACGAUCAGAAACACAAAAAGCAGUGUUUGUAUUUGUAAGCUCACAUUUGUCAAGGUGAAUUAUUGGAAUUCAAAUGUAAAUGAAGUCCAAGGGGUUGUCAUGGACCAAGAAGGAAAGGUGGUGCAUCGCCUCUUUGGAAAGUGGCAUGAAGGGUUAUACUGUGGGGUUGCACCUUCAGCAAAAUGUAUAUGGAGGCCAGGAUCCAUGCCAACCCACUAUGAACGUUAUUAUGGCUUUACAAGGUUUGCUAUUGAACUCAAUGAGUUAGAUCCUGUAUUGAAAGAGAUUCUUCCAACAACAGAUGCACGAUUCAGGCCAGAUCAGAGACUUUUGGAAGAGGGAAAUGUAGAAGCAGCAGCCACAGAAAAGCAAAGAAUAGAGGAACUCCAGAGAAGUCGAAGGCGGAACAUGGAGGAGAACAACAUUGAAUACAAACCAAAAUUUUUUAAAAAAGUUAUCGAUGCCAAUCAAAGAGAGAGCUGGGUUUCUAAUGACACCUAUUGGGAACUGCGAAAGGAUCCUGGCUUUAGUAAAGUAGAAACCCCCAUACUCUGGUAAACUGAGAAUGUAGAUCUAGUAAACAUAUCACUCUCUGAAGAAAAAAAUAACUAUGCACAAUAUGUUUCUUAUAGCUAAGUGUGGUUUGUGGGUCUACAGAAAACCUACCAUUCGCUUUUAUAUUCAUCUUUAUAAUGGACUUUCGAAAGUGCAUUAGACCCAGGUCCCUGAUCACUUUUGGAUCCUUUUUAUUUUGCAGCAGCCAUUUAAAAAUAACCUUUAAAGUUUCAUGUAUUAAAAAUGCAAAACAAAGGAAGCAGAUUCAUUAUCCAAAGUUGCUCGGAAGAGGUUGUAAUACACAAAACUGCAACUGGUGCUUAAAACAGACAUUGAGAGUAACAACAAACAAACAAAAUGAAAGAAAAAAAACAUUUUGUUUUAAUUUAUUUUGUUAAAAACUCUUGUGUUACAACAGUCUAUCAUUUCCGGCUUGAGGCUAGUCCUUUAGUGUGAUGUGCUUGGACUGGCCUUGUCAAAAAGACACAAUGCUUUUCUGGAAGCUGUUCCCAUUCAUAUGCCAUUGUUCAUGCCUUAAACAAAACAUGAAGGUAUCCAAUAAGUCAUUUUAAAAUAUGUAUUCUUAGGCUUGUGUGAGCAGCAGAUUUUAUUCAUAUUCUAAAUAUUGGCGAUCAUGUAUUAUUAAAAAUAAAAUCCACCUAAAUGGAUGAGAAGGUAAAGUGACCUGCUGUACAUGCUUUAGCUUUGCGAAGCUGGUUGUGUAAUCAAACAGGAAAACUAGCUAACUUUGUGACAGUUUUGGUAAAUGCAUCUGGGUUGCUAGUCAGAAAAUUCAUAUCCAACAUGCCUAAUGCUGUGAUGUAUUUAUCAUAUGUGCCACUGAUUUGACAUAGCCUCACACUUUCUCACAUUUCCCCAUAACUGUUUAUACAAUUAGAAUUCCCUGUAGCUUUGCAACAGUGUUAGAAACACAGAAAGAUUUCAUAAGAGGUUUUCUCUCCAGAAGCGGGAUAGCACUAUAAACAUAACAGGCACUUUUUAUCAUGCACAUUGUAUACUUUACUGGUCUGUUUGUCUGUGCCCACUCCCAACUUGAAUUUCUUAGCUGAAUUUGUUUGGGGGAGGAGUAGAGGCACUCAUGCAUGCUGGGUUAAUGGCUUUUUGUCAAAAUAGCUUUUAUGCAAAAUUAAUUUUUAGCUUUUCAUAAAAUGAUUUUGAUUAAGAAACAGGACUUUUAAAUGUUUUUAUGCCACAGUUACAUGUCUAUGGAAGGAGGCUGGGCACUUUCUAUCUGAAAAAAUGACUGAAAUGCAUAACUGCAGAGGGCAAAUAUUAUUAAAGGAAGUUUUAUUAGAUAAAAAAUUGUAUUCCAUACUAUAGGAUCUAGUCUUCUAUUAAUGCAUCUGGUGUUUAAGUAAUUUACAUUUACCUGUAUACAUCUUCUGAAUGCCCUGAUGACACUUCUGUGUGUACACGUCUCACAUCUGUACACAUGUCUCAAAUCUUUUUGCAUAUACAUGUUAUAUUUACUUUUUCUGCAGCUCAGCAUUUCCCACAAUUCUGGACAUCUGGGCUUCUCUCCUCUCUCUGCAGCUUCGUGGAGGCAGAUCAGUGUUUUGGUGCCUCAUGCUCUGGACAGGAUCCCUCUGCUCUUUCUUACCACCAGAUUCUCUGCCUCCAUGGCAGCAGAUGGUGUUGGUUUCUCUUGCUCUCAUCCUUACCUUUCAAUUUGAGUUGUUUCUGCCCAGUUUUGGGGCUGUGGGGAGCAGUGUUCUCCUGCCCCCCCCCUUCCUCCUCCUUCCUGGGUCAGUUACAUCUUCAGUAGUUUAACCCUCUCUGAGCAUCCACUGCAGCGUUUCCCUGUUGGCUCUUCUGCCACUCUGUAAGCAUGGCAGAACAACAAGAAAACACAGGGUUAAAGCCAAGCAGUGCUCUGUUUGUAAGGCAGCCUUCCCAGGCUCGGCAGACAGUGAGUUGUGCCCAGCUUGCACCCAGCCAACCAACCCUAAUUUCAUUAGGGCCGAGGGCUACUAAUCAAAAAGCUAGGGGUCUUCUUCCCACCAAGGCAACUGUGGCUUCAACCGAGGAAAAAUGUACCAGAACCCCCAGUGCAGAGCAGAGAGAAGCUCUAAAAGCAAGGAGGACCCUGACCACUUGACUCAGGGAUAAAUAACAAAAGACUCUUGCAGAACAAAGAGGAGACGCUUGCAGGGCCACCAGUCCCUCCAUCCAGUUCUUAAAGUGGAUCCUGAGCACUUGGGGAAAGAAGCAGGGCCCUUGCUCCCAAGCUAACCAGGAAGGGUUGGACAAGAAUUCCCUCCUCCCCCCGGGAAAUGGUACCCAAUAGGGGAGGAUUAUGAGGAAGACCUCUUGAGAUAGCUUCAGACCCUGAUAAAGGUAAGCCACAAAAGGCCUCACCAAAGCCGCAGCAGAGCUUCAGCGCUCCCACAGUGCACUAAAAAGUUUAAAAAGUCAUGAAAGGGAAAGAAAAAGGACAAAAAAUCCAGUAGAUAUGAGUCCUUUGACUCCUCUUCCUCCUCCCUCAGCCCCUUCUCCAGUGAGGAAGGCAAGCUGUCUGACUCUGAAUCCGAACAGUGUGGCAACAGUUUUUAGCUUGAGGAAUGUCAAGCUAUAUGUAACGAGAUUCAAAUCCAGCCUGUUCAGCUCACCUCAGCUGAGUUUGGGGUAUGGAUGAGGGUCAAACCCAGAGAAGAAAGAGGUGAUGGAGGCUUGAGAGAAGCAGCUGGAGGAGGUGUAAGAGGUAAUAUCAGCAUAAUCAUAACCAGCAAAUUACAACCUUUCCAUAGACACCUUACUUGACCUCCUUUGUACAAGGUUUGGUACAACUAUAGGACCUUGGUUGCAACAAUGAUCUCUACGGUCACAGUUCAUGUCAAUAACAUCACAAGCAGGUCCUGGUGGAUGCCCGGUUUCUUUGGGUGAGGAUACAUCACACAGAGAUGGAGUAUGCUCUGUCUAUCUCCAAACUCCAUCCAAAAACCAAGCUGUGAGGUGAAGAGGGCCAGGUUUGGGAUGCCGGAGUUGGCCCCGGUCCUGGUGAGGAGAUCUGGUAGUGUGUGGAGGCGGAGUGGUGUUCGGGUGGAGAGGUUCAGGAGGUCCAUGAACCAAAACUGGCGGGGCCAAAGCAGGGCUCGAUCCUGGCAAAUCUUGCGUAGGAUUUGUGGGAGGGGGAUAUGGGAGGAAAGGCGGAGUGGAGAGAGUCCAUCCAGGGAGGAGAAGGGCAUCGCCCUGCGAGUCCUCCCCCACAGCUCCCCUGGAACAGUAAAGCGGAAGUUUGUGAUUCUCACGAGUGGUGGAGAGAACCCAUUGUGGUGUGCCCCACAGGAUGUUGUCGUGCAGUUCCCACUCAUGGUUCAGGCAGAGAAUCCUACUGAGCGCAUUGAUGGGUGCCAGGGAGAUACAUAGCCUGGGGCGUGACCUGAUGUUUGAUGCCCUAGUUUGAGAGAUGGAUGGACUCUGAACAGACUCUGAACAGAGGGAGGGAGUUCUGGCGCCGCCUGUUUGUUGAUGUAGACCACCACUGCAAUGUUGUCAGAGAGCAUUUAGAUGUGUUUGGCCUGUAUGUGGGGAAGAAAUGUCUGGUUCUAUGAGAUUUACGUGCAUCCUUGCUUCUCGAGGCAUCCAGAUGCCCUGCGCAGAGUGGCUGCCUAGAGAGCACCCCCACCCGUGAGGGAGGCAUCUGUUGUGAGCAUGGUUUGUGGUGUGGGUGGCUUGAAGGGAGUACUGACCAGCAGGUGGGUAGAGUCGGUCCACCAGAUAAAGGACAGCAGUGCCAGCUGGGGAAUCAGGAUCUUGCUGUCCAGGUGGUCACAUUGUGGUCUGUAGACUGAGAGGAGCCAAGCUGAAGGCAACGCAUGUGAAGACAGGCAUGUGGCAUGACCGAGGUGCACACUGUCAGAUGUCCAAGAAGGGGGAGGCAGCAGUGGAUAGUGAUGCGGGGGUUGCAGCGCAGCCCAGCAGUUUGAUUCACGAUGGUAAUGAAGUGGUCCGCCGGAAGGAAGGCCCAUGCUGCGAUGGAGUCGAGCCAUGCCCCAAUAAAGUCGAUCGUCUGGGUAGGGAUAAGAACUGACUUCUCUUUGUUGAAGCAGACCCUGAGAGAUGGAUGGAGAGUGAGGAUGGUGGAGAGUAGGCAGGGGUGGGAGAGUGCAACAAGGAGCCAUUCAUCCAGGUAAGGGAAACCAGAGUAGCCGAGACUGCACAUCUGUGUUGCUAUGACAGCGAAGACUUUGGUGAAUAUAUGUGGAGCCAUUGCUGUGCCGAAAGGCAGGACUUGGAAUUGGUAGGGGCUGUGCCCCAGUGUGAAACGGAGGAACUUUCAAUGGGGUGGGUGAAUAUCGAUGUGGAAAUAGGCGUCCUUCAUGUUGAGAGCCACCAAGGAGUUGGGUGUGGGUGAGUAAAGAGAAACUCCAUGCCUUUGGUGGGGACGAAGUACCAUCUCUCUGCCCUCUUCGGGGCAGGGGCACAGGAGGCAGAGGUAUGUCAUACCGUCUGAGCCGGUUGCAGGAUAGCCUUGUUAAUGGGGAGAGCCAUCCAUGAGGGUCCCUGGGGUUGGAGGAUGUCCAGCUUUUGGUGCUGGGUGUCCUGGACCUCCUCCAAUGGGAGUGCAAGUGUAAUAGCUCCUGAUGUUGGCGGUGGUCAUCUGGUGGGGACAGAGAGGUCAGAUUGAGCGCCUCAUCUGGGAAGAAACAGGCCACUGUUAGAACUGGCAGUACCAGUUCCAUCUCUCCUUCCUCCUUCUCAUACACAGAGGGCACACUGGGGACAGCUGAUACAAAGCCACAGACAAGACAGGGCAUGCUUGGCAAGAAUCUUAAGGUGCCCAGUAGUAAAGGUCUCCGAGCAUGGGUGGUUCGCACCAGGGUCGUAAGCCGGAGCGAGUGAGGAGGUCUGUGCCAUGACCCUGAAUUCUGUUGGAGGGCCCGCGAGAAUGAAGCCCUCGAACUUGGAGGAUGGUUCUGGCAAUGGGUGGUGCCAUUGGUAACAGAGGGUCGAGGUGGGGAAAAGGGAUGCACCACUCCAGCAGCAGCAAUAAUGGUUCGUCUGCCAGGCAGGAUGGAGAUGGUCAGUGGUCCAGGAAGCAGGGGAGAACCAGGGUACAGGAGCAGCAGUUCUUCAGUAGACAUCAGCACGUUAAGGCGGCUAGGAAUACGAGGAGUUGCAUGGGAUGAUCCCGAGCAUCCAGGCGGCAUCGGAGGUACAGGCAGUAGGCGUGCAGGUGCCAGUGCAGUAAUCAGAGCCGGCGCUUGUACCAUCGGCUUCCACAGGUGCUUGUCCUUACCCUUGAGCUGGGGGAGCUUGGGAGCUGGAGCAGCCGGGUCGACAUGUGACUUCUUGUCCGAGCUGGCACUGCUUGGGGAGGCAAUGCUGCAUUUUUGGGCAGUCCUGGACAGGGAUCUGCCCUUAUGCCCUUGACCCUGUUUCUUCUGCUCAUGGCUGGCUUGUCUGGCGUUCUCGGUACCAUUGGGAUCUGUGCCUGAGAGAGGCUCAGUGUAGCGCUGUCUGUCUGUGACAGGCGGUGCAUUGGCGGUUUCGCCGGUCUCAUAUGGGAACACACCCACGGGCGCAUGGUCUCCUCCAUGAGGAACUCCUGACGUCAAAGUUCUUGGGCCUCCUGCAUCUGUGGCAGGAAGGAUUUACAGAUUGCACAUUGGUUGGCGAUGUGGGCCGCCCUGAGCAGUACAGCCCUGGUGAAAAUGAGUGCGGGCAGGAGGCACAGUUCUUGAAGCCUGGAUUCUGGGGCAUUGUCCCAUUUGGGGUUCCCUCCGCCUCUGGGGGCAAAGAAAGAAAACGACACCAAGUAUUUAUGAACUGGAAGCUACAACCGGAGGCGGAUUAAGCUUUAUUGGGGCCCUGGGCACAAAGAACAUUUGGGUCCUCCACACCACAUUAAAAACACGAAUGUAUCAAAAUGCAUUAAUACAAAGACUCCAUUCAGUGUUUACACACUGCAUUAAUAAUAAAGUAAGUCAUAUCCCAAUUCAGUAUGCUUAAAUUAACUGCUCAAUUUUUCUACAUAGAAAAUGAAUAUGGUAAAAUAUAUGUAAAAUAACUCAAAAUGAAAUAAUGUAAACAUUUUAGUGAUCUUGUAGACUCUUAUUUAAGAACUAUUAACACCUGUGAAUCUCCUCCCCAUUAUUAUAGUAGCAAUGGAACAUUAAAACAUUUUUUUACAUUGCUCACAGUGCUAAACUAUAAGAAAAACAUACAGGCCAAACCAAUAGUCUCUAAUACAAGUUCACCAAUAUCUUAUCUUAAUUAAAUUAAACAACACACUAUACAUUUCAAUUGUUUAUCAGGCCUGAAACAUUAAACAACAAAAUACUAUAUUUAUUUGAGUAAUUAUUUAAACAAACCCUCUGUAAUCCAUUUAUUAUUUCACAUUUUCGGAUUGAUUAUUUUUUGAUUUAGUAUGCAUGCCCUUAAAGUUUCACAUUCCUUUUAAAGAGAUUGCAUUUUGUUAUUAUUUUGAUUCUGUGACUUUUAUCCCAUCAAAGAUCCCUUGUAUCAGCAUCUAUUAAACUGAGAGAAGCUUAGCAAACUAAUUACAGGCAGACUUUGCGUGUCAUUCCCAGGAACAUCUUUAUAUAGCAGUGGAAAAAAUGUGCUACACUUAAUAUACCAUAAAUGUCUCUCUUUUAUAUGCCCAUUAAAUUUACAUUUUAAUAAUACUCUCACAUUAUGUAACCAAAAAUACAAAUAAAUAAAACAUGAUAUAAGAUAUGUCUUACCUUUUAAAUGAUCGUUUUCUUCCGAGUUUUGAGGGGGAAAAAAUCAUGUAUAAUGUCGUCACCGUCCAUUUGUCAAACCAGUUCUGACUCAACUGCCAUUAGAGAUAAUGCAUUCAGAUCCUUUUAGUGCAUUGUUGAUCUCAGUUCAUUUUUUAUCCUUGCCAUCUUUGAAAAUGUACAUUCUCCUUCACAAUUUGUAACUGGUAGGGUCAGGAAAAUUCUGAGAGCAACAUUCACAUUAGGGAAUGUCGAUUGAAUGUUGCUUUGCCUUAAAACUUUCAUUUGUACAAAGAAUUUGAACUGUAUGAGUUCAUUGGGAAAAUUUUGUUCCAAGUCAUUGGGGUAAACUGCAGCAAGUUCAGCUGCACACUUGUGAAUGUCAGAAGUGUCCAGCAAGUUGUUUUCAAAUAGUACUUCAAAGUGGUCGUUCAACAACCUAUAGGCAGGCAUCCAGUUGGCGAUGAAGACAAGUUUAAUAACUGAUUGAUUACAACAGAAAAAGUCUCUGUGUGAAACUUUUGACUUCCCUCAAAUAAAACCUCAGGUUCUCCCCAGUCAUCUGCUAACUGUUUUUGUUUUUGAGAAUGAGUCAGAUCACUUGCAUAUUUCUGUGAAAGAGUCUUGCGUGUGUUUUUAGCAGCAUUUUCAAAAUUCUCAAAUUCUUCUUGUAGAGAAGCCACAAAUAAUUCUAGUGAUUGCAGUAACUGAACUACUGCAUUCAGUCGCUUUUCUGUUACUGCAAGCUGGUCAUUUUAAACCCUUUUAAGAACAGUGUCCGAAAGUUAUGCCAUUGUGACCAUGGAACGUGAGUCCAUGCUCACUUAGGAACUUAAUAACCACUACAACAUGCUUAAAGGACAUCUCUCCAGUACUGACAUUCUGCCUGAAACUGCUGACCUAGGCCCACAUCAACUGUACCUGUUGCCUUUGCAUGCCGUAUCCAUGCCAGCAUACAAUUUCAGUGGUCCAAGCUUUUCUCAUGUUCAGAAAAACGUUCAGGGUGUUUCCAAUCACUCAAUCAUUCGAUAAAGGCAUGUGUUUUGAUUGAAAGAAGUUUGCAGUCAAAGCAGUAAACAUUUCCAGUGAGUAAAUAAGCCAGUCUCACAUAACAGAUUCACUGUUGUGCAGCCGACAAGAGAAUAGAUCUUCAGAUAGCCAACAUGUCUUCUGGCCAAUCACCCGCGCAGAAGCAGAGAAUUUUUUUAAUGUUUUUGUUUUGACAAGAAGCAGCUGAACCCAUAGCAAUCCAAAAAACUCCUGAAACUUUCAUCAAUGUUAUUCCACAAUGCAAGAUCGUUGCUAAAUUCAUCUGCUUGUAUUGCAUUUGUCUCACCAGUAUAACUCAGACCUGGCUUGCCUGCCUCCGGCAGGUCCUGAUCUAUAGUUUUCUCCUCUUGAAGGCCAAGGCUACCACUGCCAGCAGUAGUGUCCGCCAAACCAACCUUGUCCUCUUUAUCCGCUGUUUCUCCUUUCUCUCUCUCUCUCCUUGAAGUAUUGAUUUAUUGUCAGUAUCUUUUGUAGCAAAGCAACUUCUUUAACCUCCUUUGCUUGUUUCAGCUUUCUCCUAGCACUCCUCCUUAAGUGACACCGAUCCAUACUGUGGGUUUCAUAAACAAAUACAGUGGCGGUAAGAUUCUUUUUUACUGUCUGUCAAUUCUAACGGAAACUGUUGGCAUCUGACCAAUCAUGCAGCAAGUCAUUUGCAUAUUGCAACUGGAGUGUCUCAAAGUUUGUUGAGAAGUAACUGAAAAAGAAUCAUACAUAUUACAGUACAUUUAAAAGCAAAAACCCUGGAAAAAUAUUUUAGCUUAUGUACUUAAAAUUCAAAAACAGCUAAAAAGAAACAAAUUUUUAAGCACCGAAAAAUAGAAGCUCUUUGAAUACGGUAUAGAUACCCCACAAUAUAUUUAAAUAUAUUUACUUACAGUGCCUGAGUUGUAAUAUGAUACUUGAUUUACAACAACAAACUACAUAAAAAAUUACUUUUUUUAAAAAAAGGGGAAAAAACCCAGGAAAGCAACAAGAAAAAAAAUCACUAAUUAGAUUCUGGAUUAUAGCAGUAUUGAUGAAUCUAUUAUAAAGAUUUUUCUGGGGGCCCUCAAAUUGGCUGGGCCCCUGGGCUUGAGCCCCCUGGGCCUUUGUGUUAAUCCACCACUGAGUACAACCAGGUAACACUAUGAGCAACUAUAUACAAAUAUCUACAAGUAGCAAACAGAGAAGAAAUCACUCUCUCACGAAGCUGAGCGUGCGAAUGGACAGGGGUUCUGACUCUCGCCAUGCGGCAGUAAGAGAGAAGUGAAACAGUGUCGAACUGCACAGCCUGUUGUAGCCUCAGCUGCAAACAUGAGGUGGACGUACAAUGCAUGCGCAGGUCAAUGGAUGCUGCUACAGAAUCUUUUGUCUCCAGCGCGUGGCUCACAUGCACACCCACAUUUGGAAUCCAUGUAGGGACCAGCACUCGAAGAAGAAGGUAUAUUACCUUGUUUUUUGCUCAAUUCAUGCUUCUGCUUUACCGAAGAAAUGUAUGCCAUAGUAACUAGCUAGUAAUGAACUCCACUUACUGCCAUGCUAGCAGCAGUAAAAUAUUGAUGCAUAAAGAAUAUGAAGAUUAAAUGAUGAAGAAUUUCCAGUAAGAAACACUGCUGAUAAGAGUUUACAUUAGGGCUUGGAGGACUAGUUCCAAAGAAAAUAUUAAACUAUCCAGAAAUACUGCCUUCCUCUCUCAUCUGUCUUAGCUGUUCAUGAUUUUUUUUCUCACCUACCCAUCUUUCCCCUUACUUCACUAUUAUCCUAGUCUGUACUUCAGGCCAUAUGUCUGCCUGAAUAAAUUGUUUCCCUUCCCACACACCUAUUCUGCUAGCCCCCCACCUCCUCUCCAUCCUUAAAUGCUCAUCUAGUUUUCAUGCUACUAGUAGUGCCUUCAGUGUUUUGUAAUACUGUGAUACUGUGAUCUUGGGGUCCAUAGUGUUUGCCUGAAGUGCUUCAGAAUACAAUCCAUGCCAGAGAAAAGCAGUGUAGAGUCUAGGAUCACAUUAGCAGCUGACAGCAAGAUUUACAUCAAGGGCAAAGAUAACAGGGAAGUCUAAAAUGGUAAAGGAAAGAGAAGCUAGUUAAGGGGAAAUUGAGAAUGAACAGGUCAUAGAGACAAUGAGAAUAAGCCCUAUAGCAAUGUAAUGCGGUUUGAUGGGGUCCAGUUUGCAAAGAAUAAAUUAAAGGUAUAAGUAGGAUGUUUGGGUCUGGCCUGAGACUUUUUACAGCAGCUGGAGAUGAGCAGGAAUCUCAGUACAUUCAGCUUCUCUCAAAAAGUUCAGAUAAACACCCAGAUAUUAUAGUGCUCAUCCAAAUCUUUCUGAAUCUGAGAAUCUGUUGAGGUCUUUGGGUCCCUCAGAAGGCUGUGAUCUCUCCUUAUUGUAGACACUAGAAAUGUAAAGGAGAGUCUCAGCUUUCAUUUUAAAAGUCUGUUUCAAAUGAAACUAUAAAACUAGGUAAACUGAUCACUAAGGUUGAAAGGAUCAAACAAUAGGUUCCACUUCUGCAGCAGAAGACUAAGGAGACCAAACAAAACACACACAUACACACACUUUUUAUGUCAUGUAAAAUGCAUCCUUUAUAUCUGAGGCAUAUCUCAAAGAACCACUUGGCUCACCCUACCCAUAAUCUGGAAAUUAGCAUUGUGCACAGGGGGUUGACAGUGAUGGAUAGGAAUUCAUUGUGUUGUGGUUGGAGAGGCUUAGCAAAAUUAAAAUUUGCAGGUGUGAUCAAAAAAUGCUCAGGCUGUCUCUGUCUUGAGGUUUGCUCAUCACUAAUUAGAAUGUCAAUGAGGAUUUUAAAAGAGCCUUAAAGAGAGAAAAUAUAACUUUACCAUGUAGAAAGUAAAAACAACUGGGAAACUUGGAUUCUGAUCCUCGGGGUGCUGAGGCUUCAGUGGGAGUUGAAGGCAUUCAACACUACUCAGGAUGGGGCUCUUUCAUUUAUACGUCAAUGUAAUAGUUCCUCUUUUAGCAUUUUGUUUUCCUAUGAGUGCUUGAGAUAUAAGCUAUUUGUCUAGGCGGUUUUGACGAAGAAUAGUUUUUUAUCUUGUAGUCAUUCACAUAUUAUUUUUACUUUUAAAGAAAGAAGCGUGGAGUAAUGGUGAACUGUUCAUCGUUGCAAGAUUGCAUAUUCCAUCUAUUUAUAUAACCUCUCUUCAAUCUCAUUGUGCUAACAUAAUCCCAGUCACCUCAGUAGAAUUACACCAUGGAUGAAUUUGGCCCAUAGUGUCCAAAAUAGUAAUGAACCAUUCUUUGUCACUUUACUUAAAUAUUGUCAUAUUAAUCACUUGGGCAUAUAAUGUCCCCAGUCUGUGUAUGGAGCUUCCACUGACAUUGAUCUGAGUUGAGUGUGUAUAGCCGAUAGCAUGAUUAGCAGGAACAGAAGUUUUGUGUGUUCAGUACCUUUGAAAAUCAGAUUUUAAUUUAAGUGCAUAACUUCAGGCACCAAGUUUGGAAAAAUGUCUCAAUUUUUCAUUAAUGCCAUUCUUCGUAAGGCAAAGUUACAUUUUAUGAACCCUACAGGUGCUAUCACUGACCUAAUUUUGUUUAAUUAUAAUCACUAUAUAAUUCACAAAGGAAAAAAUCAUUUAAAAAAAUUAGCACAAAACCAGUGUACGGCAUAGUAAAAUCUCUCUGAUUCCCAUUAAUAAUAGGGACACUGAUUGCAAAUUACCGAAUGUUAGGAAUGAGCAAGGAGAUGAACACACAAUAAAAAAAAAAGGCCCCAAGAAUAAUGCAUCACAAAAUAUUCUUUUUUUUAUUUUGACAGUUGUCAUUGAUCAGAAUUCUUAAUGUGCUAUAGAAUAGUUUGUUAAAAUAAGGAAUUUUUAAUAAUACAAGACGUCUCUACAGAAUCUGCUAUUAAAUCUUUGCUGAGGAGUGAGAAUAGCACACUGUAUUUUGUGUGACUACUAAAGUCUAUAGACCAGCAGAGGGCAGAUUUGUGAAGUCCUGCUAAAACUACUAAAAAAUUUUAAAAUAAUUUAUAGUAGCCCAUUUUUUAGUAAUGGACACCACAAAUGUAAAGAACUUCCUUCCUGCAAUCUGUCCUUGGGCACAACUCUCCUUUGAUUUAGUUCGUGUUGUCUGAAAAAGGACUGUAAGAUCAGUCCACAAAACAGGCUUUCCUCAUUAAGUGGUAGGGUGACCAGACAGCAAGUGUGAAAAAUCGGAACAGGGGGUGGGGAGUAAUAGGUGCCUAUAUAGGAAAAAGUUCCAAAAAUCGGGACUGUCCCUAUAAAAUCGGGACAUCUGGUCACCCUAUUACAUGGUCAAGGCCCCAGUCCUAUGAAUACACAUGAGUAACUUUAGGGCUUGUCUAUACUGUGCCGUAGGGCAGUCUACAGAGAUAUGAACUGCAGCACGCACCAAAAUGUUGCACUCUAGCUGCCUGAUGUGGAUGGUGCUGGUGUGAACUAAAAGGUACCUAGUUUGUAUUUAUGUACUUCUCUUCAAACAGGACUAUGUUAGUGCGAACUAGAUACCAUUUAGUUUGCCCCAGCAGCAUCCACAUUGGGCAGCUAGAGCACAACAUUCUGGUGUGCGUGGCAGCUCAUGCCUUGGUAGUCCAUACUGCAGCGUAGAGAUAGCCUUACCUAUGUGAGCAGUGCUAUUGACUUUGAAUAUUAAUGAAUUAAAGAUAGCAGACAAAUCCUGCCUGCUUGUCUUUGUUAUGAGGUACAUCUCUACUCUGCAGCUGGGAGCAUCCCUCCCAGCCGGGUUAGACAGAUACGUGCUUACUCCGCUAGAGCCAAUGAACUAAAAAUAGUAGCAUGGACGUUGUGGCACAGGCUAGUCAUCUGAGCUUGGACCCAAGGGGAUAGGCACACUUGUACUCAGUCACUUAGCCUGUGCCACUAUUGUUAGCAAGCUCGUUCAAACACAACUAGCGUGUAUCUGUCUAUGUUCCCAUGUAUCUGGGCACGUUCCCAGCUGCCAUUUAGACAUACUCUGACGACUUAAUUAGACAAUUAUAAAUGCUUCCUUGGUUUGUAGGUUUUAUUUUUGAAAUAAUUGGAAAGUGAUUUUAAAAAUAUGAAGGCAUUUUAUCAACUCAAUAGAAAUAGUUGAUUUUUAAAAACAUUAAGAUGUUUUAAAUUAUCGUGGCCUGCACUACAAAGAGGUAUCCAUCCCAUUCACAUGAUUUUUUUUUUAAUUGCAUCUCACGUACAAUCCACAAUCCUUGUGUUUUAAUUUCCACAGUGGGACAUUGUAUUUACGUUAACAUUUUGCAAAUGUACCUUAGUUUGUUCUGUGCUCUGAUGUUGAGUAUAUAGGCUUUCUGUUUAUAUCCAAACAGUAAUUUCUCUUAAAUACAUAGUUUUUGCAGCAUUUCUUUCUGUUGACCCAUCAAUUUUUAACAAGACGGCAGCUUUUUCUGCAUAGGUAUUUUGCUGUGAGAUGCAAUUUGAACAUGAAUUGAUUUGAACAUGAGUUAAUUUCUUACAAUAUCAUUGUGCUAAAAACUCACAAACCCACCCAUUCUGGUUUUAGGCAUAUGUAAAACAUAUGAAAAAACUAGUUAAUUCGUAUUUGGCUUUAAUCUAAAAGCAGCCUCUUCCAGUUUCUUAUCCCUUUCAUCUCAAAAAUAAUGUUAUCUAUUUAUUUCAGUUUUGAACCCUUCCAAUAUUAGGCUCUGAAUGGACAGGGAUGUACUUUUAGGUCAUUUUGAUGGUUUUUAUUUGAGUGUUACAAAUUAAGCAUAUGUAAAAUAUGCAGUAUUUAUGAAUGAUUAAUAAAGGUUUAGCAGACACUGCAAUGAACUUCCUACUGAAUGCGGUAUGUCAUGGAUUCAAAUCAUGCAGAGCUUAGUUGCACAUUACCUGCUACAGCAAUCUGCCAAAAUCAGUAGAUCCCAAUUAUGUAUUUCUGCAGAAGUGUCUAUGAUGUAAAUUCUCCUAUGUUACAUUUCCAGAUUGGAAAGUUCAAUUCUUCUCUCCCUUGAGCCUCUUCCUUCUUCUGUGAGUCUGUACUUUGGGGAGAAUCUCAAGAAGAUCAAGUUUGUAUAAUUUAUUUCCUCAGAAAAACGCUUUUAAAAUCAUUUGAAGUCAUUGAGCCAUAGUGUCCCCAUCAGGGCAGGGAACUACAUGAGUGUGCAUUCCAUUUGUAUCCUAAACAUUCUGUGAUGGGAAGGCUCUUCCUUUCCAGAUAUUCCCGUGGAAGUACUAUAGGAUUUUCUCUUUCUCAGUCCAGCCAGCGUCUUGUGGUAUCUGUAAUGGCCAGUGCAGGUCAGGUUGCUAGGGGUUCUCCUAAAGGCUGCUGCCUCUGGAAGCUCCCUUCAGGAGAUAUCAAAGCAUGGAGAGUGAAAGCAAGUAAGUUUUAAACAUAAUUUUACCCUCAAAAGUUCCCUGCAUUUGGGAGACAGACAGAUGUGUCUACUAAUGGGUUUGUUUUUUGUUUUGUUUUUUGGGGGAUGGGUUAGAAAUUCCCACCAUUGGUAUUGCCAGUGCAGCUCCAGUUGAUAGUAACGGUAGAAGUACACAUGUAGGCAAGGUUUCCAUGGCCCCUGGUUUUUAAGAACUAUAUUUUGUAACCCUGCUCAGAGCAUAUGUAAACGUUACUUUCUUUAAAAGAGCAGCAGCUGCAGUAGUAGCUUUGUCUACAUUAGGGUUCCCACCAUUGCUACCAAUGGUGGAACUGCACUGGUGGUAGUAAAGGGGGUGGAAACUUUACAUAAAACCUCCCUAGGAUACAUCAACAAGGACUGUGUGGGUGUGUACGUUCACGCUAAUAUGACAGGAAAGAUCAGAAGUAAUUAGGGAAAGGUUGUCCCACUAUUUGCAAAAAAAAUUUACCAGAUAUCUUAGAAAUUUGUUGUAUCUUAUAAAGCUACAGUACAAAUCCAUUUUCUUUAUCUAUGAAUAGCCACUAAAGAAAAUAGAUUAAAUUCAGUUUGUCUUACUCUUGAACUAGUAGUGCUGAAAAAAUAUUAGGUGUUUUCCUGUUGUCUGUCAUGAAAUAGUGUCACAGCUGUGCAAUACUUGAAUUAAUUCCCUUGUGCAUAUUAUAACGCUGGUUAAAUAGUGGUGAUCAGGGAAAUAGUUGCUGCUAAUUUGUUUGCUCACCUGCUCCAAUUUUGUAUGUUUACAUAGCAUAAAAUAAUUUCACCUACUGCUUUGCUGAGCCUAGUUACUGUGCUGCUUUUCCCCCACUCUGGAUCAGACAGGAGACAUAUGUGUUUAUUGAUGGGAUUAGCUUCACCACAACCACCUGAUAUGGGAAACAGAAUGUGUGGGAUUUCUGCUGGUGUCAGCUGUGAAGGCUCAUCACUCUUUCAUGGCUUGGCACUAGCCUCCAUAUAGGGGUGCAUGUGUGAGUGAGGAAGGGCUUUAGUCUCUUUAAAAUGGGUAUGAUGGUAUUAAUCUCUUUGUCUCUAGGUUUCCACUCCUCCUCCUCUUCCCUUGCAGAGACACUUUAAAACCACUCACUGCCUUUAUUUGGCAACCACAAUGAACACUCUUUGGGAGUUCAUUGGUGUCCACCCAAAUGGAGAAUGCUUUCUGAGUCUGUUUGAAAACAACUUUGAUUCCAAUCAGUUUUAGAGUGCCUGAGAGGCAAAAAUAAUUUAAAGCAAAGUUUAAUAUAGCCUGGCUCCAACGAUGCCAAGUCCCCUGGGGGCAGGAGAUAAAGUAGAGGGAUGUGUUUUUAAGACAUGAAUGUGCAUUCAUCUGAAAAUGCAGGGGCUCUGCAAAAGUUAAUUCAGUCUUUAAAAAUGUUCAUGUUUCAAAAAUAAUCACUGUGUCUGAACUAUGUGUGGGGUAGCACAGAGGAGCGGGAGUGAAGAGAGAUUCAUUAACUGACACAAAACUUUCUCCACUUUCAAUUGGCUCUUUACAAAAACUUUUCCUUCACCCACCACUGUUUUUUCCAGGGCUCGCCUUGUUUCCUAUUGAUCCAGACAGGUGCAGAAACUCUGUCUGUGACCUGCUAAUACAUAGUAAUUUGUGGCAUGGAAGAUUGUGAAUCUUCUGUAGUUAAUAUUAUUCAUAGGUGAGUAAUUUCACUAAAUUCUUCAGACCAGACUGGCUAUUUAACUGAGAAGUAAUAUAAAUUGCCAGAGGUUUCGGCACCUAGUAAAUUCACUGUGAAGUAAUUUCAGAAAGGUGUCUAAUGCCUUAAGAACAACUGUGUUCAGUUGUGUUUGUAUACGUGGGCGUUUUAGUAUACAAAUGUCAAUAUGUGCCAUAUCUUAAAUAUGCACUAUGGAUAGUGCAUUCUGUGAAGCUUUUUUACAGAAAAGCAUGUAGCUAACUGUCCUAACAAAGGUUUUAAUUAUACCUGAGAAUGUCUAUUGUGCCACCUCAAAACAGGAAUUGUGCCUCUUUAAUGAAUGUUGUACACAGGCAUGUUACAUUUGUAAGAAUAUUGGCAUUUCAGUAAAUUCAAACAAAUGACCUAUUUAAUACAGUUCGAUUUUUUUUUUUAAUUAUGUACUGUAUUGUAAGCAAUCUACUUACAAAACUAACACAUCUCUUACUCUUUAAAACAGAGAAUGAAAAGCAGGUUUAGAUAGACGUUAGCCCUAAUGUAAUUUGUAUCUUCCUGUGUAUUUCAUCAAGCUGCAGAACUACUUUAUGUAACCAUACUUAAGAGGACAAUUUUGAUAUGAAAUGUAGUGAGUUUCAAAAAGGGAGUUAAAGGAAGUUGUAGGUGCUUCAUCUGCCUCUGUCUCUCUGCCAGUUUUUGUGGUAUUAUAAUCACAUCCUCCUGUUUUUAAAAACGUUUGGGCUUCCCUUUAAUCUGUGACAGACCCACUCAAAAACCAGGAGAAACCUACUAAAAAGAGGAGACAGUGAAACUGACUAUAUACAGUGCUAUCAAUUUCAAAUUAAGUGGGGAAAAAAGAGGAUACUUUAAUCUUUUAUUAUAAUUAAUUGAGGUAUUACUUAUAGCAGUAGAUAAACAAGUUUCAUCCAGAAUGUGAUUAAGUUAACAGUGUCCCUAUAUUUUCCAUUGAUCAUUUCCAGCAUGAAAAACUAGAGGAGUAGUUAAAUCAUCUCCGGAUGAUGUACUUUUAUUUUACAAUUUAAAAAAAAAGACAUGAAACAGGAUUUGGCCAAUUGUGUAUUUGCAAUGCGUGCACCGAGAGUGGUUUCAUUUUCCCAGAUAAGGAAACAGAGGAAGUCCUAAUGUGAAGUCUGAAUAGGGUGACCAGAUGUCCCGAUUUUAUAGGGACAGUCCCGAUUUUGAGGUCUUUUUCUUAUAUAGGAUCUUAUAACCCCCCACCCCCGUCCCGAUUUUUCACACUUGCUGUCUGGUCACCCUAAGUCUGAAGUAUGUGGUAUUCUGUCUGAUCAUUAAGGCUACGAUUUAGUCAUGGGUAUUUUUAGUAAAAGUCAUGGACAGGUCACGGGCAAUAAACAAAAAUUCAUGGCCCUUGACCUAUCCAUGACUUAUAGUAAAAAUACCUGUGUCUAAAUCUUGGAGGGGGGGUGCCUGGGGCCAGCAGCACCAGCUGCUGGGGACCAAUGCUGUUCCAGUUGGCUGCCCAGGGACUACUGCCGGGGCUAGUGGACCACGGCUGCUCUGGCAAGUCACCCGGGGAUGGCUGACUGGGGCCAUGGACCGUGGAUGCUCCAGGGGCUGCCCAAGCAGUGGCUGGUAUGGCUGUCCAAGGGGGCUGCCCCAGCAGUGGUUGGUAUGGUCGUCCCUGGGGCCACCUGAGCCAGAUUUACGCACAUGCUCAACUUUAUGCAUUGAAAUCGAUGGGACUACUCACAGUGUUUAGUUAAGCAUAUAUGAAAGUCUGUUCAGGAUCGGGCUUUACAUUUUUUCAGUAAAUAUUGAUUGUUCUUCAAAAUGUAAGGACACAACAUUGACAUUGAUAACAGUUCAAAAUAAGGUAACCAUAAGCUUCACAAUACUUCAUUUUUAAUCCUCAUGCACUGAAAAAAGUAAACCCCUGCAUGUGUCUUCUCUUGUGCCACCUUUGAUAUAGCUAAAAUCUUGAGCCUGCAAUUUGUUUUGUGCAGCUGGAUCUCUGCCCCUGUUGAGAGCCCUGUUGACUUCAGUGAGAUUCCAUGGCAGUUUACCUGCAUGAACCAGCUUUCAGGUUUGGGGCCUAAAGCGGAUAUUUACACUCCAGUUGUGCAAACAGUUAUGCGUGUGCUUUAUUUUAUACACAUGAGUAGUCUCAGUGAAGUCAAAGGGUUUACUCAGAUGCGUGAAGUGCAGCCAGGGUUACUCUUUGCAGUAUCAGACCCUUGUGCUGUCCUCUCACCUUUGAUGCUGUGUUGCAUUUAUGAAAAUCACUCUGGAACUUGUGAUGCUUUAGGAAACAUUUAACUUUCCCUCACAGUAAAUUUCAAUUAAGAAAGAAUUUUCUUUUGGAGGGAGUUUUUGGAAAAUUAAAUAAAUUAUUGCCUUUAUCAGUUCAGAUCUCACCUUUCCAAGCCUGACUAUAAGACCAUGUACAAUCCCUAUCUCUACCCUCACCAACUUUUCCCGAAGACCCCACUACCACAGAGUGGUUACUAGUGCUGUACGUCGGUGAAACAAGGAGACUCUGCUUAGCAUUCUCCAGUAAUAUUUGUUGAGUUGCUAACAUGGGGCGGCUUAUUUCACAACUCAUUGAGAGGCAUAUUCCACACCUCAGUCAAGGAACACCUCAUAAACUAGAGAAAGUGCCUGCCCUCUCUUCUUUUAGACUCUAGCAUGUAUCGUUACUUUUGCGGUAUAUACAGCUCUUUCUGGCUGACUUCAAAGGCUGAAGCCAGGGAAAGAACUGUCAGAGACAACAGACCCUAAAGUAAGGGAGUGGUGUAAGUUCCCUGCCUUACACUGGUGCAGUAUAUCUAUGUUGGGAGUUUGCACUGGUGUAGCUACCUGGUGUAAGCACACUGGUGCAAAAAUCCCUUAUGCAGACCAGCUGUUAGACUCUCCACAUCUGCUGCAAUAAAUAACAGAAGCUCACAAAGUCCUAGAGGUUCAAUAAGUUAUCUUGACUGGCAAAAGAAACCUCUGUUGUUCAAUUCGCUCUGGAGGUGGGUAGGGGGAUAUUAUAACUGAGGGCAUUUAAGUCUAAAAUGAAGAAUUUCAAAGUGAUGAGGUAUAUAGUAUGCCCUGUAUCCUUAUCACCAGACUCAUCUGAAGGGGGGUCUUACAGCUUUUGUUAGGAAAUGAAAGUGACGCUGACUAUUCAGUAGUUUACAUUGUGCUCUAAAAACGUAACAAAGGUACCAUCUACUUCCUUCAGGCUGAGCCUGAUUUACCUGCAUAUUCUGUUAUAACACACAGAUGUAAGUUCUAAUUUUUUGAGGAAACACGAUGCUCUUUUACCUGUUGCAAUGUAAUUGGAUAAUGCAUGUAUAAAUGACUUGUUUAGCCUGCCAAUGAAUGUUGCUAAUGCCUUACCACAAAAAAAAGCAUAUUUUUUGUUUUUAUUUUUCCUCAGAGGCAAAUCCAAACAAUGCUAGAUUUGGGAAACUGUUUACUGAAAAGCAUUUUCUAAUAGAUCUCUGAAGAAGUGCAAUUGUAUAAUUAUUAUUGUUCAGUGCAUACAGUUCAUUGUCUCUUCAUCACUCUGUACACUGCUGCUAUUAGUGCUUGUUCUAAUAAAUCUCAAUGUACACUG